GUUAAACGUCAAAUCAAAUGUCAAUUGUGUUUAUUUUAUUUUUUUUUGGUACGUGAAAUUCAUCUUGUGCUUUAUCUAAGAUAUUUAAAAAUUAUAAAAGUCUUAAUAUAAUUAAUGAAAAUUUAACAAAGAAGUUUUGAUAUUGAUAUAAUGGUGAAAUAACAUGUAUUUCCCAGUGGGUUGGCCGAAAGUUAUAAAAACACCUGAACUGGGUGAUUCUACAAUAAAACACAUAACUUCUAAUAGAGAUAGAAUAUUAUUUGCUAUUAUAACUGAUGAUUGUUUAGGAAUAUGGUUUUGUAGGCCUUGCGUACCAAUAGUUUUCCAUCGACGUUCCCGAAUAUCCAUAGAGAAAUUCGGAACGAAUGUUCUAACAGAAUGGAAACCAGAUUCAAGUAUGAUAGUUAUAGCUACUUCAGAGGGUCAUUUACUGUUUUACAACAUAGAAGUCCCCCCGGAUCGAAAAGGUCUCUACAACCAAACCGAUUCACCCCUUGCGAAUCUCCGUAGAGAAAGCGCCGAAUUAUUCAUAAAAGAAACAAUUCCGCCCCUAAAAUUAACCCUAAUCAAGGAAAUUACAGUAUGGGACGGUCGAAUAACAGGAGUGGUAUGUAUUACCAUGACGGAAAUAAUGUUAUCCACCACAAACAACCAUGUAUUGAGGUACAAAUGGGAUGGUAACCAAAAUAGGGAUUACGCUUUGGAUUUACGUCGUAUUCCGUUCUGUAUAAACCAACAAGUGGCUAAAGCAGUUCCUAUAGUAGAAGAAAACGUCCAUAUCAUCGAUAUAGAAUACUCCCCUUUAGUUGGGGGUUUUUCUAUAGUGUUAAAUGAUAAUAGGGCGGCUUUUCUGACUGCUCCUUCAUUAAAAUUCGAUCCAAAUCAAGUACAAGGUAUCUGGGCGCAGGGAAUCGACGACGCUACUUGUACCGUCAUUAAUCACAAGUUCAGGUUGAUAACAUUCGGUCGUUUAAACUCUGAAUGCAUCGUUUAUACUAUAGAUGAGACAACCGGUGGUUUAGAACUAUCCCACAGUUGUGUAUUGAGCAGUAAAGACUACCCUGGUGAUCCCGGUGCCGUAGAAGAAGUAUUAUGGACUCCAGACGGUUGUGCUCUAGUAGCUUCCUGGUCAAAAGGCGGUAUUGCCUUAUGGUCGACUUUCGGGGCGUUGUUAAUGUGUUCUUUGGGUUGGGAUUACGGUUUGAACAUCGAUUUGGAGAAAUUUAAUCCUUUGAGGAUAUCCUGUAUGGAAUUCGCCACCGAAGGGUAUCAAUUGUGGAUGAUAAGGGAGAAUACCGCUUCAGAAACUGAUCUAAUCCAAUUGGAUUUCGUUAAAAGUGCCUUGGCUAUUAAUCCGUGUAUGAGCCAUCAAAGUCAUUUGUAUCUACAGGGGGAGGAUAAAUUGUAUAUCAAUUCGGCGAAUACUUUCAUUAGAGUUUUUUCGGGGAAAACGAAAAAAGAAGAUUUUUUUGGGGAAAAUAUAUCGACUACUUUAGCGGAGGGUCGUCAAUGGUUGGUAGUACCGGUACCAUCGAUUUAUUAUUCGACGAAUUGGCCCGUCAGGUAUUCAGCUAUCGAUUCUGAUGGACUGGGUAUUGCUAUAGCUGGUAGGACCGGACUGGCCCAUUAUUCAAUUUUGUCGAGGCGAUGGAAAUUGUUCGGCAACGAGACCCAGGAAAAGGAUUUCAUCGUGGCGGGGGGUCUGUUGUGGUGGAGGGAUUAUAUGGUUAUGGGGUGUUAUAGUAUUUUGGAUAACGGGGAGGAAUUGAGAUUUUAUCCUCGUGAAUCGAAAUUGGAUAAUAAAUUCGCCAAGAUUGUGAGCGUACCGGCACCGAUUUUGCUCAUAAACAUCCUCUCAGAUCAAUUGAUCACUUUAGGUUCUAAUGCUCAAGUUUGUAUAUGGCAGUUGCAGCUCAACGAUAACGUUGGUGAUGUGGUCGUUACGAAAUCACAAGUCGUGGAUAUUUCGGCGUUGGCGAUCCAUCCGGCUUGCAUUGCCUCGGUGACCUUGACUUCUUUGAGAACCGAAACGGUUAGAGGUCAUCACAACGUUUCCGAAAGUAUUUUAUUGAACGUUAGCGGUCGUCUCCUAUUGGUACAAAGGGAAUUUAGACACGGCGAAAAAUAUGGUUGUCUGUUACCUACCGUUUUAGCCAGUUGCGUGGAAAACGUUUGGGUACCGAGACGGAGGAGAUUGGAAAAAGCCCAUCUGACCGAAGCCAUGUGGUUAUUCUGCGGUUCGCACGGUAUGCGUGUAUGGUUACCUUUAUAUCCUCGAGAUGGCGAUAAAACCCACACGUUCAUGUCGAAACGCAUCAUGUUGCCGUUCCAUUUGAGAGUCUAUCCGUUAGCCAUUUUGUUCGAAGACGCCAUUAUACUGGGCGUCGAAAACGACACCGUCCUCUAUACUUCAGAUUCCAAUUCUCCUUUUUCUCUACCUCUAUGCGUGUUACAAAGAACUAGCCAAGUUUAUUUACAUCAAAUUCUGAGGCAGUUGAUCAGGAGGAAUUUGGGUUAUCACGCCUGGGAGAUAGCCAGGAGUUGUAUGAGUCUCCCGUACUUCCCCCACUCCUUGGAAUUGUUGUUACACGAGGUAUUGGAAGAGGAGGCGACGAGUAAGGAACCGAUUCCGGACGCUCAAUUACCAAGCGUUCUGGAAUUCAUAAUGGAAUAUCCGGUUUAUUUGCAAACCGUCGUGCAGUGCGCCAGGAAAACGGAAAUCGCCUUAUGGCCUUAUCUGUUUUCCGUUGCAGGAAAACCGAAGGAUUUAUUUCAGGAGUGUUUACUUAAAGGACAACUCGAUACGGCGGCUUCUUAUCUGAUUAUAUUGCAGAAUCUAGAAACGUCGUCCGUAAGCCGACAGUACGCUACUUUAUUAUUAAACACGGCCUUAGACAAAUCAAAAUGGAAAUUAGCCAAAGAUUUGGUCCGAUUUUUACGAGCUAUAGAUCCCAACGACGUCGAAUACGAUUCCCCUCGUACGUCAUUUAUAUUACCGACUAAAUUGGGUAUGCCUCCGUCGACGCCUUCGGUUAGUCCCAACGCCGAGGAUCUCUCUUUAAUAUUGGGUAACGUCCAAGGGCCUCGGGUUCGCAGUUACAGUACGACGAUCUCGCCGAAGCUCGUCGAAAGAUCGAACAGCUCGUCGGGCCACGUAAACCCGCCCUUAGAAUCCGAUAGAAAAAAAUCCGUACCGAAUUCGACGGGGAAUACGAAAAAUGAUAAGUGUGCGAAAAGUAGCGCUUCCGAAGAAUUCUUCAUCGACGUGAUUUUGCAAAAACACGCUCGCCGAUUAUUGUCCCAAUGUCGAUUGACGGAUCUGGGUUAUUUCGCCGCAUACCUCGAUUUCCAUCUGGUCAAUUGGUUGGGCAAAGAGAGGGAGAGGGCGGCCAGGGUGGACGAUUUCGUGAAAACUUUGAAAUUUUUGCACGAAGAUUUCCGUUGGCCUUAUCCGACCGCCAAUUUGCCCAUCAACAAGAAGAGCGUCUCGAGUCCGAUCGCCGAAGUCGAAGAACAAUUGAAAUGUUUGAAAAUGGACGCGGCGUUUUGUAGCCGAAUCGGCGACAGCGGUUAUACGUCGUUUCAGGGUAUCCCCUACGCGGGAGUCGUUAGCCCCGUGAAUACGUUGGAUCGGCUCAGUCGAAUGGAGGAAACCGAUAUCGAGGAACGGAUUAUCGCCGACGCGGAUAAAAUCGAAGAUGUCGAACAGAAAAAAAUUUGCGACGGUUUCAAAUCGACGACGUUGAAUUCGGCGGUCGAAGAAUCCGUCAUGAGUACCGCCAGUUCGGUUUGGGGGGAGGAGAGGGAUUUCGUACUGCCGGGUAUCGAUAACUGGGAAGUUCCGUCCGCUAAAUUAUUGGAACAACUUUCUAAUAACGAUAAAAAAGGUUCUCAAAGGUCGGAAGUACAAUUAAGAUAUUUGCUCCAAUUAUUCAUAGAGGCCAAUUGUUUAGAAUGGUCCCUCGUAUUUUCCAUACUCCUCAGGGACGCCAUGGCGGUAUUACGAAUCGUAAACGCCGCCAAAUCUCACGACCAAUCGGUCGAAACCGUCUCCAGACUCCGACAAGGUCUUUUAAUCAUCAAUUAUUGGACCAAUACCGAAUGCUUGGGUUAUUCGACAUUCAUGUCGGCGAUAUUCAACCAGACGUCGAUUUUAACGAAAAUAUUGGAAACCAAAGUCCAACAACAGAUCAAACAACAACAGACGACGCCGAAACCGACGCGAUCUCGAAAAUCCAGUUCGAAUUUCGACGGAAAUAACCUUCAGACGUCGAUCAAGGAUAAGGGACAUCCUGUACAGAACGACGAUUCGAUCGAACGUCGCGCGAUUGACGACGUAACCGAAAAUAUCGAAACUGCGGAUAAAGAUAACGCCGCGCCUAAUAAUACGGGGUGUAUCGUCUCGUAGAGACGCGAAUUUUUUUUUUUUGAAAAAAAUUUUUUUUGUGCAUCAACGAGGUUGGUCGCGUGGGAUUUUGUCAAUUGAAUAUCGAUUUUCUGAUACUCACAAAGUUUUUUUUGGAAUAAAAUUUGCCUGGAUCCGUC